AGGUUGUCCAAUUGAAAAUCGACGCUUCGCAUAAAUCAACACGCAACACUUGGAAAUCAUCCGACGGUGGUCCACUCAAUAAAAUCAAUCCACGUCGCGAGUUAGCUGAAACGGGGAGUGCGACAAAAGGAAAGAAACUCAUCAAUGGCGGCUGUAGCGAUGGCGCUGGUUGGCGAUCGUUACGCGUCUUCGACAUCGUCGUCGACCAGUUCAUCAUCGGGCUCUUCUUCGUCGUUGUCGUCAUCAUCGGGCGACACAUCGGAAGAGGAUUCGUCAUCGUCUUGGAGCUCGUCGUCUUCGUCGUCUACGUGCACGUCGUCGGCCUCGUCCGAUCUCUCGCCGUCCAAAAAGAAGAAGAAGAAAAGAGACGCCGACAAUAAGAAGAGGAAGAAUCCCAAGAAGAAAUCGAAGAAAUCGACGGCCGUGAUUGGCAAGAGGAAGAAGAGAACGAAGAGCAGCAAAUCGUUGGUAGGACGUGAUCAGGAUGAUGACAAUGAGGUGGGCAGUAUGUUGCUGUUGGGAGCCGAGCUUCUUAAAGAAGUGGAAGAAGCGUCUUCGGCCACAAGUACGGCAGCUGCUGCCACCGCUAUCCUGAUGGACAAAUCGAGGCCGGCUGAGCCGCUGCCUUUACCUAUCGGUCACUAUGUCAUUCACGGAGGGCCGCAAAAUCGCGCCGUUUUACUGGAACACGUCAUGUCGUCCGUUCCGGCCGCCCAAUGGCAGGCCAUUCUUCCUCCCGUUCUUAAAGAAAUGAACAGCGCCGAAUUGAAACAGCUCUGCCUGCAACAAUUGCAACAGCUUUCCGACUCGGCCAUCUUGAACAUCAUCAAUGGUGGCGGAGAUCAAGGACCAGCUGGAAAAGCCGUUUGCUCCGAAACAGGCGAAGGUGAAGGGGAGCGAUCGAAGAAGAAGAAAUCGAAAAAGAGCAAGAAAAAGAAGUCGGCGAAGGCGAAGAAAGGCGAACGAUUGGAGCCGACGCAAGAGGACCAAGUGGAAGACGAAUCCAGUGGGAAAACGCUGAUGGAGUUGCUGGAAUUGGAGAUGCGAGCGCGAGCCAUUAAAGCCCUGCUGAAAAAGGAAGAGGAGGGCCAAGGAGACGAUGAAUGGCCCGCCGAUCUUGUCGCCUCUUCGUUUGACGCCCCUCUGACCACGCCCGUCCAACACAUCCAUCGACCCCUGAAAACAGGUGAAGACGCUUCGUUCAGCGACAAGCACAAACAGUCCGGCGCAAGACACGCCGCUCAUCAACACAGGUCGUCCGUUGACCCUGUCCCUCCUACCCAUUGCGCUCAACAGCCGUUGAAUGCGAGGCCUUCCCGAAGGCCGGCCAGUCUUCAUCAACAGACGGACGAUUGUGUUGAUUUUCAUCGACGCGAUCGACACUCGUCCGCCAAACACGACCGCGAACAAAUGCUGAAUAAAAUGACACGCCAACCCCGACAUUAUCGCCAUCGCCAUCACGAACGAUCUCGUUCCCCGGUCCGGAGAGCAGAGCCAUCUACCGGCGGGGCCAAGACAGAGGACACGAAACAUGCGGCCAAGUCGCCGCCGAGCCGAGCCGUACGCGGUGCCGUCAAGUCGGAGAGGCGAGACAACGCGAGAGGUGCGCACGAGAAAUGCGAUGGAACAGUUCAGGUGGCGGCAGAGGAGAUCGAGUACGAAGAAGACGGCAUUCAGGAAGUCGACAUUGAAUUGGGAAGUGGAUCGGGUUACGACUCAGCCAAUUCAGCGCGCCUCUAGUGUUCACAAUAACGGACGCCCCAUAAACACAACAAUCAACCUCACGCUCUAUUCUUACAACCUUUAAAAAAAAAAAAAAAAAAGAAAACUAAAAGAGAUAAAAACUAAAAAAAUAAUGUAAAAGAAACGGAAAUAAAAUGCGGAUCCGCGUCUCACGUUAA